AUGUCAACCAAUAUUAUUUCAAUAAAUGAAAAUAAUUUAAUAGAUCAAUGUAUAUCAAUUUUAAAGCAUGAUGGUGUUUUAGCUGUACCAACUGAUACAAUUUAUGGUCUUGCAGCAUUAGUAAAUAAUGAAAAAGCUAUACGUAAAAUUUAUGAAAUUAAAGGUCGAUUAUUUACAAAACCAUUAGCAAUAUCUGUUGGUCAUGUUGAUGAUUUAUUUAUUUGGUCAAAACCAACAUUAACAAAAGAACAAUUAUCUACGGGUGAUCUUCUUCCUGGUCCAGUAACACUUAUGUUUGAAAGACAAUCAUCAUUACCUUCAUACUUUAAUCCAAAUAUAAAUAAUGUAGCUAUUCGUAUACCAAAUUGUCAAUUUAUGAUUGAUUUAGCACAACGUUUACAAGAACCUCUUGCUUUAACAAGUGCAAAUAUAUCAAAUGAACCAAGUUCAAUUUCUAUUAAUGAAUUUAAACAAUUAUGGUCACAAAUUGAUUUAAUUAUUGAUGGUGGUUUAUUAACAUCAAAUGAUCGACGUGGUUCAACAAUUAUUGAUCUAUCUGAAAAAGAUUUUCAAAAAGUAAUGUCUUUAUCAAAAUUUGAAAAUUUAGCUAAUGAAAUUCUCUUGGAUAUUUUUGAUUAUCUUCGACCACUUGAUUUAAUUCAUGCAUUUGGUAUGCUUAAUAAUCGUUUAGAAAAUGUAAUUAUUCAACGUGGAAUGCAUGUUGAUCUAUCGACAAAUAUAUCUUUUAAUGAAUUUAAUGAAUAUUGUACAAACAUUUUUCUUAAUUAUUCAUCAUGUAUUUAUUCAAUUCGUUUAUCUAAUAUUGAAACAUGUGGUGGAAUAAAAUUAUUUUUAACAAAAUUUUCACAUAUUGAUAUAACAUUUCCUAAUUUAUCAACAAUGUCAUUUAUUGAACCAAAUGAAUAUGAAUAUAAAGAAAUAAUUAAAUUAAAACAUUUAUCAUCAAUUCAUAUCAAAUCUUAUAAAACAUAUGAACAAAAAAUUCAACUUGGUCUUGUUUUCGAUAUUCCAUAUUUAAAAACAUGUGUUCUUUCAUACGAUGAUGUUUUAUCUACAAACAAACUUCGACCAAAUUCUUAUCUCAAUCGACUUGUUCUCGAUAGUUUUUAUAUAAAUGAUCUUCAUACACUUUUUCAUUUUUAUCCUUUACUUAAACAUCUUACUAUUCAUCGACUUCUUGUUAAUUUUCAAGGUUUUUUACCACCAUUUAAUACAUCAUUUCAAACACUUCAUACAUUGAAACUUAAUUGUAUAUAUACAGUACGAUUUGAUUAUAUUGUACAUAUACUUUCAUUUUUACCACGACUUUUUCGACUUACAAUAAUUGCUAUUGGAAUUGAUUUUUUAAAUUCAGAACGAUGGUUACGUAUAUUAACAUCAUUAGAACAAUUACGUUUUCUUAUAUUAGAUAUUAAAGCAGUAUCAGUAACAUUUGAUGAUGAACUUUCAUCAUCAUUUUUAACUGGAUUUUGGCGUCAAUGGCAUAUAGCUGUUGAUUAUUCACAAGAUAAUAAUAAAUUUCAUCUAUUUACUGCACCUUAUCGUCGUCUUUCAUUUAUUAGUACAAUACAUUGUUUACCUGUAACGGAAGCACCGUAUAAUGCGUUUACUUCUGUUACAGAUCUUUAUUUAAAAACCAAUACGCCAAUGCAGGUUUAUACUCAACGAAUAUAUCCGAAUGUACGUGCUCUUCAAAUAUAUCAAAAUGCUAUUGUUCCAGUUAAUUAUUCAAUAUUACUUACACAACUUCAUACUAUGCUUAAUUUAUAUAAAUUAGUUCAUUUUGAACUUUUCAUUCCGUUACCUACAUCUAUUUUUCUAGGUUUAUUAAAAUUUACACCAUGUUUACGUUAUUUCAAAACUGAUUAUGAUAUUCUUAUGACUCUAACAAAUUGUCUUCAAAAUAAUGAUGUAUGUUCUCAAUUACAUGAUAAACUUGAAAAAUUUGUAUUACGUCGUGGUACUCUACCGAUUGUUGAUAGUAAUCGUUUUCUUCAAAUAUUUUCAAAUGUAAAACAUUUACAAAUUAAUUUAAAUACUAUACAUGAUUUAAGACAAAUUGCAAGUAAAUUUGUUAAAAAUAUGACUAAUCUUCUAACAUUAAAUAUUUGGCUCAUUAGUACUAAUGAACCAAAUGAUACACUUCAAUGGGAAGGUAUUGUUAAUAAUGUAAGCUAUGAAAUAGCUAAACGACAUAUUAAAAUUUGGAAAUAA